CUGCAGAUUCUAGAGCUGGUGCGGUCUUUUGCCUUCUUAUCAGUCUUUUUCUUCCUCUUCUUCAAGAUGGGGAGUUACAGCAGCUAUGCAUCUCAACCCUCCCUUGUUGAAAUCCCAGACCAAACAUACAGUGACGAUGAAUAUGCCAAUGUGGAUUGGGACAACCUUGGAUUUGAACUAAUGCCAACUGAUUACAUGUACAUUGAUAAAUGUUGCGCGGGUCAAAAAUUUGUACGAGGACAGCUUAGUCGUUAUGGCAACAUCGAACUGAGCCCAUCAGCUGGGGUUCUAAAUUAUGGUCAGGGAUUGUUUGAAGGCACGAAAGCAUGCAGAAGCGAAAAUGGGCGAUUGCUGCUCUUCCGUCCAGAGGAAAAUGCCAUCCGCAUGAAGAUUGGCGCCGAGAGAAUGUGCAUGCAAUCCCCUUCAAUCGAUCAAUUCGUCGAUGCUCUCAAGCAAACUGCACUUGCAAACAAGCGUUGGAUUCCUCCACCGGGUAAAGGAUCAUUGUAUAUGAGGCCUCUCCUCUUAGGAAGUGGUCCAGUUUUGGGUUUGGCUCCUGCACCUGAAUACACUUUCCUUGUAUAUGCUUCCCCUGCUCGUAACUAUUUCAAGGAGGGUUCCGCGCCGCUCAGCUUGUUCGUGGAGGAGGAUUUUGACCGUGCUUCUCGCCGCGGCACCGGAAGCGUGAAAACCAUAUCUAACUAUGCUCCGGUCUUAUUGGCAGAACAAAAAGCCAAGGACAGAGGAUUUUCGGAUGUGUUAUACCUUGAUUCAGCGACCAAGAAAAAUCUGGAGGAGGUCUCUUCUUGUAACAUUUUUAUUGCCAAGGGAAAAUGCAUCUCAACACCUGCUACCAAUGGAACCAUACUUCCCGGAAUCACCAGAAAAAGUGUAAUUGAAAUUGCUGGUGAUCUUGGCUAUCAGGUAGAAGAGCGUGCUGUAAACGUGGAUGAAUUGAUUGAGGCUGAUGAAGUGUUCUGCACAGGAACUGCUGUUGGUGUUGCAGCUGUAGGCAGUAUCGCAUACCAGGACAGAAGGGUGGAAUAUAAGACAGGUUCUGGAACCAUUUGUCAAGAGCUGUACAAAACUAUUUUAGGAAUUCAAAUGGGUAUUAUUGAAGAUAAGAAGGGGUGGAUCGUUGAAAUUGAUUAAUACGUUCGGUUGCAUCUGCUGUCUUAAUAUCUUCCAGUGACUUCCUGUUUCUUUGAAUUUGUAGAUAUUCUCCAUCAUCUUAAAACUACCCAUUCAAAUUUGCUUCAGGGUUUUCUCCAAACCUUCUAGAUUGUUUACGAAUUUAAAUCUUCCAAAUCCGAACUGUCACCUUGCAAGUUUUCCUUUCUUUCUUGGCACGUACACAUUCAGCACAUUUGUGCUGUACACAUUCAUCACACUCCCCAUGGCCAAAACUCCAGGUUUAAACUCAUUUGUUAUGAUAUAAGAAAAUAGUGAGGUAAUUGGAAAUUUUGUUGUUGAACUCCAUUUCUACCAUCAUCCUCCUCUUAAUUAAGUAUCUUUCUCCUUUGUCAAUAAUCAAAUUACCCAAAAGUUGCUUGUCCUCUGCCGAUGCUCUGUCUCCAUCGUGUCACUACAAUUCAUGGUUGCUCACUGGUUUGGUGUUGUUGUUUUGAUGAUUCCUACCUUAUGGACCACAACUUCUGUGUAGUUCUGUAUUUAUUACCUUCUCUAUGUUACUACUUCCAAAUUUCAUUUGUAGUUAACUGAAAUAUGUAAGAAAAAUGAAAAACAGUAUGAAAUAUUGGAAUAUUUAUGUUGCAUAAUGAAAAAAGUGAAAAUGAUAUAAAGAUUGGGCAUGAUGCUGCCAUUUCACAGAUUCA